AUGGAGCCCGAGGCAGCCUUCGGAGGAGUCCGGAGGAGCCUGGACGAGGGGCCCGGCAAAAGCCUGGACGGGCUGCUGAACUUGCCUCCCUUCCCGGCCGGCGGCCCCUGCAGGAACGCCGCUCUCUCCGGGGCCGGCAGCGGACCCAGCCCCCCAGUGCACGGUCCCUCCGGUUACGCGCCCCUGGAUGGGCCCCUGCCUUCCCUCGGCUCCGCGGAGCCCUCCUUGGCCAAGCAGGGCAUCCCGUGUCCGGCCGUCUCGCAGGCGUCCUCGGCCAGCAGCGCCUCGCCCUUCCCUUACGGCUGUUUCGGCGGCGGCUACUAUUCCUACCGAGUGGCCCGCAGCGCCCUUAAGCCGUGCCCGGCCCCGCCCCAGGCACCCUACACAGCCGAGAAGUAUUUGGAGGUCUGCGGGGCUGCCACCAGCGCACCCACCGCCCCGGAGGACUAUCCGACCCGCCCGGCUGAGUUCGCCUUCUAUCCGGGCUACGGCGGACCUUACCAGUCCAUGACCAGCUACCUGGACGUUUCUGUGGUUCAGACCCUCGGGGCACCUCCGGGCGACUCCAGGCAUGAAGCCCUCCUGCCCGUCGACCCUUACCACGACUCCUGGGCCUUGGCCGGGGGCUGGAACAACCAGGUGUGUUGCCCCAAGGAGCACAAUCCGGCGGGGCCCUUUUGGAAAACUGCUUUUACAGACGCUGUAAGCCAACCGCCCGCCGAGGGCUGUACCUUCCGGCGCGGCCGCAAGAAGCGAAUCCCGUACAGCAAAGGGCAGUUGAAAGAGCUGGAGAAGGAAUACUCCAACAGCAAAUUCAUCACCAAGGACAAGAGAAAGAAGAUAUCCGUCGCCACCAGCCUCACCGAGAGACAGAUCACCAUCUGGUUUCAGAACCGGAGGGUGAAGGAGAAGAAGGUGGCGGCCAAGGUCAAAAGCGCCGCCGCCAGCAGCAGUAUCGGCGGUGGCGGCGGCGACACCUCUUGA